AUGAACAUCGUCCUUUCCAGAGAUAGCCAAGUGAGGAUCAUGGAGAACACAGUAGCCAACGCAGAGAAAUAUUUCGGCCAGUUCUGCACGCUGAUGGCCUCCUACGCCAGGAAGACAGCCAAGCUGCGGGACAAGUCAGAUCUCCUGGUGAAGCAGCUCAUCGACUAUGCCAACACUGAGAACCCUGAGCUGCGAAGCACCAUGAAGAACUUUGCUGAGGAGCUGGCCAAAGUGCAGGACUACAGGCAGGCAGAGGUGGAGAGACUGGAAACGAAGGUUGUGGAGCCACUGAAACGGUACGGAGUCCAGCUCAAGCAGACACAGGCAGAGAUCAAGAGGUUCAACAAAGUCCGAAACAAUGAGAUAAAGCAACUGGAGAAACUGGAGAGACUGCGGCAGAAGUCACCCUCAGACCGACACACCCUCUCCCAGGCUGAGUCAAAUGUGCACAAAGCCUCAGUAGAUGCCAGCCGCACCACCCAGCAGCUCGAGGAAACCAUCGACGAGUUCCAGAAAAAGAAACUGAAAGACAUCCAGAAGAUUUUCUCGGACUUUGUCACCAUCGAGAUGGUUUUCCACGCCAAGGCUCUCGAGGUCUAUUCCAGCGCCUUCCAGAAUCUGGACGAUUAUGACUUCGAAAGAGAUAUGGAGGAUUUCAGAGCUAAGAUCCACAUUGCUUCUGGAAAUUACGAUGCCAGGCCAAUGAGCGCCACACACCCUUCCUCCACCCUGCCAUGGUCCGCCAACAGCCAGAGCGUUCGGAGCACUCUACAGAGGCAAGAAGACAGUGAAGAAGACUCUGAAGAGAACAUAGUGCAGGAUUUCAGCAAUCCAGAAUAUGCACAGAUUAGGCGGUAA